AUGCGCCUGCUACUGAAAGCCGGCGCAGUCCCCAACGUCGCCGAGACGGUAAAAAGGAGGAGUUUCACUGCGUUACACUACUCCUGUGAUCGACUUCGAACCGAGAUGAUUACUCUCCUCUUGAAACACGGAGCUGACCCGAACCUCGUCGAUUGUAACAAGAGGACGCCGCUCGCUAUAAUAGGCAGCAAGGCGGAGGUAAGAAGCCUCAGAAUGAGUGAGCGAGCAGCACCCGCAGCACCAGCAGAACAAGCGGAGUCAGUGGUACACGCGGCGUCAGCUCUCCUACAGACGUGCGAGUCCGCCGGCGUACUUCUACAGGUUAACACACGCGACAGCAAGGGCGACACCCCGCUGCACAGCUUCUGUAGGGCGCUGCUGGCAUGCAAAGACGAUGUUUACGCGCGAGAGAGUGAGGGGUGCGUGCAGAUAGUGCACGCGCUGCUGUUCAACCACGGUGCACACGUCGACGUAGUGAACGCACAGGGAGAGACGCCAUACAAACUCUGGCGCGGGAUUUACCCGACGCGUUUCCGCAGCAACGUGGAGUCGAGCGACGAGAUACAUAGCAGAAUGAGCGCGCAGUAUCAUUCGCUGGAGUGCCACUGCGCGCGCGUUAUCGUCCGACACAGCGUUGUAUACGAGAACAGGCUGCCUCCGAGUCUCACAGAAUUUGUCAUGGCACACGCUAGACCAACGUAGGCGACACUAAGCGUGUUAACCGAGGAAGCCCAUGUAGGAUCGGAGAUGCGAUAACCCAGAAGAUAUUAUCAAUACUUUGUAGAAACUCUAUGUUCUAAUUGUUGCACUUGUUGGCAGACGUGUUUCAUUGCAAUGUAAAAUCGAGUAUAUGUAGUAACACUAUUCAGUUUAUAUAGAAAUGCGUAGAUUAUCGGUAUGAUGCCUUGGUGAAUUGGCGCCAUUUAAUAACCACAAGUACAAAUGUUAAAAGUUUGCAAAUUAUUUUGCUCUGUAAAAAACUCUAAA